CGCGCGCGGCCUGCGCCCUCCCCUUUGUGUCGCCAUGGCGGCGGCAUCGGCGGCGAGGACAACGAGCGAGGGGUCCAGCGCGGCUGGCGCCUGAGGAGGCUACGCGGCUAUGGUGGCUCGCAGCACUGACAGCCUGGAUGGCCCAGGGGAGGGCUCGGUGCAGCCCCUGCCCCCCGCUGGGGGACCCAGUGUGAAGGGGAAGCCUGGGAAGAGGCUCUCGGCUCCUCGAGGUCCCUUUCCCCGGCUGGCAGACUGUGCCCAUUUUCACUACGAGAACGUUGACUUCGGCCACAUUCAGCUCCUGCUGUCUCCAGAGCGUGACAGUCCGAACGUCUCUGGAGAGAAUGAACUGGUGUUCGGGGUGCAGGUGACCUGUCAGGGCCGUUCCUGGCCAGUUCUCCGCAGUUAUGAUGACUUCCGUUCCUUGGAUGCCCACCUCCACCGAUGCAUAUUUGACCGGAGGUUUUCCUGCCUCCCAGAGCUUCCUCCACCCCCAGAGGGCGCCAGGGCUGCUCAGAUGCUGGUGCCGCUGCUGCUGCAGUACCUGGAAACCCUGUCAGGGCUGGUGGACAGUAACCUCAACUGUGGGCCGGUGCUUACCUGGAUGGAGCUGGACAACCACGGCCGGCGACUGCUCCUCAGUGAGGAGGCCUCACUCAAUAUCCCCGCAGUGGCCGCUGCCCAUGUGGUAAAGCGGUACACGGCCCAGGCACCUGACGAGCUGUCCUUCGAGGUGGGGGACAUUGUCUCCGUGAUCGACAUGCCGCCCACGGAGGAUCGGAGCUGGUGGCGGGGCAAGCGGGGCUUCCAGGUCGGUUUCUUCCCCAGUGAGUGUGUGGAACUAUUCACGGAGCGGCCAGGUCCAGGACUAAAGGGGGAUGCCGAUGGUUCCCCAUGUGGUGUCCUGGCUUCCCAGGGUGUUUCCUCUCUGACCUCAGCGGUGCCCCGGCCGCGGGGGAAGCUGGCUGGCCUCCUCCGCACCUUUAUGCGCUCCCGCCCUUCCCGGCAGCGUCUGCGGCAGCGGGGCAUUCUGCGGCAGAGGGUAUUUGGCUGUGACCUGGGAGAACACCUCAGCAACUCAGGCCAGGAUGUGCCCCAGGUGCUGCGCUGCUGUUCGGAGUUUAUUGAGGCCCAUGGGGUGGUGGAUGGAAUCUAUCGACUCUCAGGUGUGUCAUCCAACAUCCAGAGGCUACGGCAUGAGUUCGACAGUGAGAGGAUCCCUGAACUGUCUGGCCCCGCCUUCCUGCAGGACAUCCACAGCGUGUCCUCCCUCUGCAAGCUCUACUUCCGAGAGCUGCCCAACCCCUUACUCACUUACCAGCUCUACGGGAAGUUCAGUGAGGCCAUGUCGGUGCCAGGGGAGGAGGAGCGCCUGGUGAGGGUUCACGAUGUCAUCCAGCAGUUGCCCCCGCCGCACUACCGGACCCUGGAGUACCUGCUGAGGCACUUGGCCCGCAUGGCGAGACACAGUGCCAACACCAGCAUGCACGCCCGCAACCUGGCCAUCGUUUGGGCACCUAACCUGUUACGGUCCAUGGAGCUGGAGUCAGUGGGGCUAGGGGGGGCAGCAGCAUUCCGGGAGGUGCGGGUACAGUCGGUGGUGGUGGAAUUCCUGCUCACCCACGUGGACGUCCUGUUCAGCGACACCUUCACAUCUGCUGGCCUCGACCCUGCAGGCCGCUGCCUCCUCCCCAGGCCCAAGUCCCUUGCGGGCAGCGGCCCCUCCACUCGCCUGCUAACACUAGAGGAAGCCCAGGCUCGGACAGGUCGGCUGGGGACACCCACUGAGCCCACAACUUCCAAGGCCCCAACUUCACCUGUGGAAAGGAGGAAAGGGGAGAGAGGCGAGAAACAGCGGAAGCCUGGGGGUAGCAGCUGGAAGACCUUCUUUGCACUGGGCCGGGGCCCCAGCAUCCCCCGAAAGAAGCCUCUGCCCUGGCUAGGGGGCACCCGGGCCCGACCACAGCCUUCAGGCUGCCGACCUGACACUGUCACACUGAGGUCUGCCAAGAGUGAGGAGUCUCUGUCAUCGCAGGCCAGUGGGGCUGGCCUCCAGCGGCUGCACAGGCUACGGCGACCCCACUCCAGCAGUGAUGCUUUUCCCGUGGGCCCCGCACCUGCUGGCUCCUGUGAGAGCCUGUCGUCAUCUGAGUCCACCGAGUCCUCCUCCGAGUCGUCUUCUUCCUCUUCCUCCGAGUCCUCCGCAGCUGGGCUGGGAGCACUCUCGGGCUCCCCUUCACACCGAACCUCGGCCUGGCUAGACGAUGGUGACGAGCUGGACUUUAGCCCACCCCGAUGCCUGGAGGGGCUCCGGGGGCUUGACUUUGAUCCCCUUACCUUUCGCUGCAGCAGCCCCACCCCCGGGGACCCAGCACCUCCCGCCAGCCCGGCCCCCCCAGCCCCUGCCUCUGCCUUUCCACCCAGGGCGACCCCCCAGGCCCUCUCGCCCCGGGGCCCCACCAGCCCUGCCUCACCCACUGCCCUGGACAUCUCGGAGCCCCUGUCUGUGUCAGUGCCACCUGCUGUCCUGGAGCUGCUGGGGGCUGGAGGAACACCUGCCUCGGCCACACCAACACCAGCCCUCAGCCCUAGCCCAGGCCGGCGCCCCCACCUCAUCCCCUUGCUGCUGCGUGGAGCUGAGGCCCAGCUGAGUGACACCUGCCAACAAGAGAUCUGCAGCAAGUUGGCAUUGCCUGGUCCCCGGGGAGCCCAAGGCCAGCAUGGUGCUGGUAUGGAUUCACCGCUGCUGCCCCCUCCCCUGUCCCUCCUGCGCCCGGGGGGGGCCCCACCCCCGCCUCCCAAAAAUCCAGCACGCCUCAUGGCCCUGGCCCUGGCUGAGCGGGCUCAGCAGGUGGCCCAGAGACAGAGCCAGCAGGAGCAGGGGGGCACCCCGUCUGCUCCUCAGUCCCCUUUCCGCCGUUCACUGUCCCUGGAGGUGGGCGGUGAGCCCCCAGGGACCUCAGGGAGUGGGCCACCCCCCCACCCCCUAGCCCACCCAGGUGGCUGGGCUCCGGGACCCCCACCUUCCUUACCAAGGCAACAAAGUGAUGGGAGCCUGGUGAGGAGCCAGCGGCCCACAGGGACCUCGAGGAGGACACCCCGAGGCCCUACCCAGGUUCCCACCCCUGGCUUCUUCUCAGCCCCCCGGGAGUGCCUGCCACCCUUCCUCGGGGUCCCCAAACCAGGCUUGUACCCCCUCGGCUCCCCAUCCUUCCAGCCCAGCUCCCCAGCCCCAGUCUGGAGGAGCCCCCUGGUUCCCCCUACACCACUGGACAGAGGAGAGAACCUGUACUAUGAGAUCGAGGCGGGUGAGGGGUCCCCCUACUCUGGCCCCACUCGGUCCUGGAGUCCCUUGCGCCCCAUGCCCCCAGACAGGCUCAGUGCCUCGUACGGCAUGCUUGGCCAAUCCCCACCACUCCAUAGGUCCCCUGACUUCCCGCUCAGUUACCCACCACCCUCCUGUUUUCCCCACGACCACCUUGGCUACUCAGCCCCCCAGCACUCGGCCCGGCGCCCCACCCGACCUGAACCCCUCUAUGUCAACCUAGCCCUGGGGCCCAGGGGCCCCUCACCCGCUUCUUCCAGCUCCUCCUCCCCUCCUGCCCACCCUCGCAGUCGCUCUGAUCCUGGCCCUCCAGCCCCCCGCCUCCCCCAAAAGCAGCGGGCCCCCUGGGGCCACCACACCCCUCACAGGGUACCUGGGCCCUGGGGCCCUCCAGACCCUCUCCCCUACAGGGCAGCCCCACCAGCCUAUAGGAGGGGGGGCGAGCACCACCGAGGGUCCCUGUACAGGAAUGGGGGACAAGGGAGGGAGGGGGCUGGUCCCCCACCCCCCUACCCUACUCCCAGCUGGUCCUUCCACCCUGAGAGCCAGACCCAAAGCUACUGCUGAGCCAGAGCUGGGAGGGACCUUCCUUCUUUCUCUUCCCCUUUCACUGAUCUUGGUCCAACCUGAUCCCUUGUUUUGUAUUUUCCUGAGCUUCUGACCCCUACCCCAGGUUUCUAACUUUGUAACUUGCCUUUGAUGUGGGUCCCUAACCCGUUAUCAUAGCCUACCUACCCUGGGCUGAUGGGCAUGCCCGCCCCCCACCAUCCUCCAUCCUGGGGCCUCUCGCACAAAUCUGAGAGGGUUAGGCUGACUCCUUACCCUCCCUUUCCCUCCAGGGGUCCCCAGCAUGUCCUGUCCUGUGCACGGGGUUGGGGGGCUGCUCCUGCUAUCUCCCCACACACCCCACUAAACCAUCUGACAAAAUUAAUGAAUAAAAAUGGUGAAAAUGUG